AAUGGAUAACCAAAUAUUUCUUCUUAUAACAUUGUGUUUUGCAAAUAAUAACUCAGCUGCUUUAUCAAAGAAUGCAAUUUCAAAUUGUAAACCAGGGCGAACAACUAACAGGGUACAAUCUUGUGGAGUUUGUCAAAGUGGAACAAUUCAUUCACUUGGCAGAUUAAGCUGUUAUAAUUGUCCAGAUUUUUGUGUACUUGGAUUCUGUAAAUUAAAAUCUGAUACAAGUAAUCCAGAUGAUGCAACUCUUUGUGAAAAGUGCAUCAACAAUUACUUUAUGAAACAAGGAAAAUGCUAUAAAUGUUUACCUGGCUGUAAAAAGUGUGAUUCUAUUGACAAAUGUCAAGAUUGUGCAGCAAAUUUUGCUCUAAGAAGAAACUCAAAUGAUUGUCUUCCCUGCCCUCACAACUGUGAAAAAUGCAGUUGGCUUACAAAUUCUUUUAGAGUUCAAUGUGAAGUCUGCAAAGCAGGAUAUACUGUAACAAGUAAGAACUGUAUAGCUUGUGGAUCAUUCUGUAAAUCCUGUAUAUACCAUAAAAGUAAAGGAAUUAAUUGCACUACUUGUGACAGUAAUGCAUAUAAAAUAACUAAGAACAAUAUAACAACUUGUAAUCUAUGUUCUACAUCAAUGACUGGCUGCUUUAAGUGUUCUAAUAAAGAUUCUUGUACUAAAUGCAUCUCCAAAUCAUAUGCUCUGACAACAUCUAAAAAGUGUGUAAAGUGCAGCUCCAUCCACUCUGCCUGCUUAGAAUGUGAAGCCCACGAUAAUGCUAAUAAAUGCAUAAAAUGUAACAUUGGCUAUUAUAAAAAAGAUGAUUCGUGCUCCUCCUGUCCAAGAAAUUGCCAUUCUUGUCUGGAAACUAACAAUGCUGUAAAAUGUUCAAAGUGUAUGGAUGACUACACAAUUCUUGCUGCGAAAGCAUGUGACAAAUGUCCUGAUAACUGUUUGGAGUGUGAAGUCUCUUCAGGCAAUCUAAUUUGUAAGGCUGACAAAUGCAAACCAAAAUAUACUAGAAAUUCAAACAAUCUUUGUUCAAAGUGUCCUGAUAAAUGUAAUGAGUGCACUUGGAAUUCUGCCAACUUUCGCACAGAAUGUACUGGAACAAAUUUUGUUCAUUCUUGUACUGAAAAAGAGAAUGGAAAAUCAUGGACACGAAGGAGUGAUGGAUCUUGUGCAGCUUGCCCUAAUAAUUGUGAUAAAUGCUACUUUGAAAAGAAUACAGCAAAAACUCCAAUUUGCUAUGCUUCUAUGUGUCAAAAAACAUAUACAUAUGAUGAUGAAAGUGGUAUUUGUAUUUCAUGUCCAGUUGGUUGUGAUUACUGUAAGAAAAGAACAGCUGGGUUAACAUGUCUGCAAUGUAGUGAAGGGUUUGCUUCCAAUUAUGGAAAUUCAUCCAGCAUUAUUGAAUCUUGUGUGGCUUGUUCAAUUGAAAAUUGUGACUAUUGUGAGGUGAUAGCCAAUGAAAUAAAAUGUAUACGAUCACCAUGUACAAAUUCUACAACUGGAAAGUUCUCUUUCAAAACUGGAACCUGUGAAGAUCGCCCUGUCAGUGAUACAUCCUUUAGCACUAUUCUUGAUGAAAGUGUUCAUUCCUCUGAUGAUGUAUCAUUUGAUUAUGAUAUUGUUAAUGAAUAUAUUGAGCCACAUGUUUUAGGGAGCACUAAUGAUAUGGCUUUGAAAAUACCUCCUCCACCCUGUCCUGUUGGAAGAAUACUAAUUCCUACUGGGCCACAUGUUGGUUUAUGCCGAAAUUGUGGAUAUAAUUGUAAUGAAUGUCAAUUGAAUAGUGGAGGCACUGAUGUUGAAUGUAGAACAUGCAUUGGAAAUAGUCAGUGGGUUGUCAUAGAAGUAGAUGGAGUAGUAUCAAAAGGAUGUUAUGAUUGUAGUAUUGCCAGACCUCAAUGUAAAUAUUUUGAAAGAUUUGGCACCGCUCCAAAUUAUAAAUGUAGAUGUAAAAGAAAUCAAUGUAUUGGAGAUCAGACUGAUUUUAAUAUUGGUACAGUAUUUCAAGAACCUGCUUCUGAAUUUAAACCUUUUCAAAAGUGUACAGGCUGCUCAGAAAAGUUUCCCAAUGCCCUUCAAUGUUCUGGAGUAAAUACAGGCAGUUUAAGCAUUAAUAGCUGUAAAACUGGCUUUACUAAAACUUUUUUAAACAACACAAGUUGCCUUAAAAUUGGAGAAUUUUGCUCAGGAUGGUCAAGCCUUUCACCAGUUAAGUGCUUAGCCUGUGCUGUUGGAUCAUACUUUUCCUCUGGCCUUUGUUUACCUUGUCCAGUUGGCUGUAGUGAAUGCAUUUCUGAAGGAUCAAUAAUUUAUUGCAUUGCUUGUUCAAAUGGAAAAACUGGUAUAGAUUGCCAAUCUCCACCAUCUGUUUGCGAUUCAAUAAAUGUAGACAAUUGCAAUAUCAAAUGGAAUGUAGCUUUUUUUAAGUCAACACCAAAUUGCCAAUGUUUAGGCUGUGAUACUUACUACAGAGUUGACAACAUUGUUCCAGGCAGCAAUGGAAUGCUUGGAGCUGCUUGUACAUCCACAGGUACAACAAUAACUAUUGCAAAUUGCCAACAAAUGGCACUAGAUUACAAAAAUGAGACUAUCUGCACUAAAUGUAUACCACCCUAUUUACUGGAUGAUGGUACAUGUAAGGAAGAUGUGCCUGAUUGUAAAAGUGGAUUCACCUAUUUCAGAAUGAAUGAGAAAGUCUGUCAAGUACCCAAGAAACAUUUUGUUGUAUCAUCAAAUUUAAGAAUACUUAGAGUCCCUAAAAACAGAGAUGGAGGGAAACAAUGGAACUCGGAAUGUAUAUACAAUUCUGUUGGUGAGAGUCGAUUGGAGGAUGAAGCCAUUGCUAAUUGUCUGGAAUAUAGUAGCCCAGCUGAAUUCUCAACUGUUUCAGAAUGUACAAAAUGUAUUGCUGGUUGGGCUCUGGAACAAGCUUCCUCUACAUCAUCUUCAAAAUGUCACCAAUGCCAGCUUGGAUGUGAAACAUGUAUAGUUGAUGUAUCUUCAACACCUACAACAGUUAACAGGUGUACUGUUUGCUCCAAAAGCUAUGCACUUAAUAAUGCUGGAACAUGUAUAAAAUGUCCAUACAAUUGUGAUGAAUGUAGAGUUGAUCCAGAAAAUCAAAAUAAUGCUCUUUGCCUCUCUUUUGGAUGCACUUCAGGAGCUUUAAAUGAUGCAAAUUUUAGUUGUCAAUCCUGUUCUAUUGCCAAUUGUGCAAUUUGUGUACAACAAAUUAAUGGUAUGUUCAAAUGUUUAAAAUGCAAUCAAGGUUAUUAUAAAGAUGAUGAUGGAAUAUGUCAAGCAUGUAUGCAAAACUGUCCCUUUUGUUUUAAUAAUCAAAGUUGUAUACCUGAUGGUUGUAAAGAAGGUUUUAUUAGGCAUAGAACUGAGGGAACCUGUCUACCCUGCAUUGGAGAUGGAGUAGCAAGAUGUUCAUUUGACACAGCAACAUUCAAUAUACUUAUACCAGAAAUGUGUAAAAUUGGUUUCAGACUGGAUACAUCUACUAAUCCACCUUCGUGUGAAAGAUGUGAUCCGAAUUGCAAAAUAUGUAAUGCUCAUGGUAUUGCUAAAUGUGAUGAUGAACAAUGUAACUUUGGUUAUUUUUAUGAUCCAACUGAUCAAAAAUGUUAUAAAGAGAAAACCAGAUGUGACAAAUCUAUUAGAAAAUGUCCAACUGGGUGCAAAUCUUGUUCAUUGGUUGGUGGAAUGGUCCAAUGCACAGCUUGUUUGCCAACAUAUGGAUUGAGAGAAGGAUUAUGUGACAAAUGUAAUUCGGAUAAAUGUCAAAUCUGUGAAAUUCCUCCAGGAGAGACUUCAAUGGUUUGUACAUUAUGCUUACAGCAAUAUUAUUUAAAUAAUGAUGAAUGUGGAAAAUGUCCAACUCACUGCAAGGAAUGCAAUCACAAUGGAAAUUAUCAAUGUAAAACAUGCAUGAAAAGAUAUGGUAGGUCACCUGAUGGAACUUGUCGUCUGUGUCCAUCAAACUGUGAAACAUGUGUUAUCAAUACUAGUCAAAUUAGUACAUGUACUAAAUGUAUAUCUAAUGAAUUUUCCCUUCAAAUUGAUGGAACAUGCAUGCCUUGUUCAUCAGCUGCAUUUACCAAUUGUGCAACAUGCACUAAAGCAUUAUUCAAUAGAAAGACUGUUUGUAAAUCAUGUGAUGCUGGCUUUUCUUUAAGUGAUGAUGGAGAAAGUUGUGUUUUUUGUUCUAUAAGUAAAUGUUCUAUGUGCAUUCAUGGUAAUAUAUGUUCUGAAUGUAAAACUGGUUUUCAUUUAAGUAACUAUAAUAGAGAUUGUGUUAAUAAAUGA